CACGCCCACUUUUCACUUCUAGUCCUUCUCGAGCUGUUUGUUUUGAUUCUAAAUUUUCGCUCUCUUGAGGUUCCAACUUCAAAUUUCGACUAAAAAUCGUUUUCUAAUUUAUUAUAUUAUAUUUUUUUCGUAACUGCAUUGAAAUGUGAUAUCUGAAAUCGUGUAAAUCGCCUCGAAGUGCUUCUCCUAAAUCAAAGACAAAUGGACGCAGAGGAAAAAUCAGAGUUUCCCGUCGAAAACUGGGAAACGCAACAGUCUGAUUUUUGGUCUUCAUCAAAAACGAAAUGAGUUGAGCCAUUGUCAACUUCAACCAGAGUGCCAAAAAGAUGCAGAUCGCUUCCUCCUGGGGUCGCACAAUUCUCUUCUUGAUCGCCAUCAUUGCUGGUCUCCAAGUGCUGCACCUGAUUCUGCUGAAUCGACUCGAAGGGAGACAAAUGAAACAACAGCAGGAGCCCAGCUUUUCCAAUGUCGAAAGCAAUCCUGUGCCCAUUUACCUGGUCGGACGACACGAGCAAGAGGAACAUCCAGCUCCAGUCACUUCAAUUGAAAGUCAUUUUUCCGAGCUGCUUCGAAUGCUGCAGCGAGGCGGAGUGUUGGACACAAGUGGACAGUACAGGGUGGUGCCAUCGUUGGCCGUGGCCAACAGCCACACCAGCAUUUUCCCGUUGCCAGACAUAUCUCUAGUCACCCAGUGCUCUUCGCACCACCUCAGGGAAACAAUCAAACUCGCCUCCAGGUGGCAGGGGCCCAUCUCUGUGGCCAUCUUCUCAGAAAUCCACGACCUGGGCUCCACCUUGUGGGACAUUGCCCGGCUCCGCUUCUGCCACUCCUCGGUCAGGCAAAACGUGUCCUUCCAACUAGUCAGUCCCCUUGGGGCAGCCAUUCAUCGGACGCCGAUUCUGCCCACGGACGCCGUCGGCCACUGCAACUUUGAGAACGGCCCCUCUGGCCGAAAGAACUACGCCCGCACCCAGGUGCCCUACCCUGUCAACCUGCUGAGGAAUGUGGCAAGAAAAGCCGCCCAGACCGAGUUUGUCUUUGUCGUUGAUGUGGACAUGCUGCCCUCGGCGCGUCUCAGGGAAAUGUUUCUCGCCUUCGCCUCGAGAGCGAAACUUUUCAAGGAAUCUCAACAAGACGACAAAACGGUUUACGUUGUACCUACCUUUGAACUGAGGUCAGGGUCGGAUGUCCCUGAAAGCAAACAGCAACUUCUGACGCUUGCGGAGGAGGGGUCUGUCCGACCUUUUUAUUUUGAGCUUUGUUGGAAAUGUCAGAUGCACACAGAUUAUGAAGCUUGGCAGAAAGAGCCGCCCAAACAGAACUUGGUUCCGAUCUUCGAAGUUUUGUGGAAAGACCCGUGGGAGCCUUUCUACAUUUCAAGGAACUCUGCCCCUUUCUACGAUGAGAGAUUCAAGCAAUACGGUUUCAACAGAAUUAGUCAAGUUUGUGAGUUGCAUGUGGCUGGCUUCAAGUACUCCAUCCUGGACAAUGCGUUUUUGGUUCACGACGGUUUUAAGACGGCCACUUCGUUUCACGAACAAAAAGAUGCUGAUCAGGAAACCAACAGAAAUCUGUUUCGACAAUUCAAGACGGAAUUGAAGGACCGGUACCCUGAGUCGUCUAGAAGAUGCUACUAACUCAAUCAAUGAUUAAUUCGAAUGUGCCAUUUUUUGAAAAAGGAGAGCUGAUGUACAAGAAAUAACAUUGUAGCCUUAAACUGUACCCCUUACGCAGUGUAUUUUGAAGACCAAGAAAUUUUUGAAUUUUUCUAGCAAAAUUAUGACAACAUUAAAAAUGUAAUAAUUAUACACAUAACCAUAACAUUUGAAAAAGUAGGGUCAGUAAAAUAGAUUCGCACCGGUGUCAUAUAUAAUGUCAAAGCGCAGAAUAGGUUUCGUCGUGUCAUAACAAAAUCAUUAACACAAAUUUAUAUUAAAAACAUUAAAGCUAGAAUAAAAAGUCAAUAAAAACCAGAAAUUAGCACAGUGGU